AUGUCCUCUAGCUGUCCCCGGCCUCAAGCCAUCACGAAACUUGCUGACGAUCUUUUUGAAAAGGCCAUAGAAGUGUCCGCAAAUCUACACAACAGGGUUACCAAAGCGCAAGCUGUAAAGCUCCUGCGAGAAUUGCACCAGAACGAUAAGAUUAAGGAACGAGUGGCAGGUCAAUCCCCAUUUGCGUCCCGAUAUCUGGGACAUCUACUGAAAUUGAGGCUACUUCUAGGGAAGCAAGUAGUCUACCACGCUUUGCAGGGUCCAUCGCAGGACGCAACUCCAGAAACGCUCACCGCACUCCGCCAUGAAAUUGAACAGCUUCAAGGCCAGCUUUCUUCCACCAAAGGAGACGAGAAAAAAGCCCGGGCUUCCUUGGCAGCUCUCGAGGCCAAGCCUCGACUUUCUGCCCUUCGACGGGACAUUGAACGGCUCGAAGAAGAAAAGGAGGAAAUCCAAGCUCGUUUAGGAUUUCUUCAUGAUAGCGACACCGUCCAGAUUUCCCUGGAAGAACGGUCCAAGCUUGAAGAAGAGAGGCGACAGUGGCAGCGACAAGCCGCCAUCCGCCGUCGUAUCUGUCGUGAUUUGUGGGGGCGAUGCACGGAGGUUUUGCCCGACAAUACGAGCUCGCCGGAGUUAUGGGAGUCUCUGGGGCUUGAAGGAACGCUCCAAUGA